AUGUUCCUCGAGAGCCAAAUCGCGUUCGACGUCAAGUCCGACUUCAGUCUGCUCAACUCGGGCCAGGAGAUCAUGCUCCGCGUGCGGGGCAAGAACAACCUGUGUAUCGAUGAUGGCGGUGGCUGGGCCCCAGGCACCUCCAAGUUCACCAACAAGCCGUGCAACCCGAGCAGCCCCAACCAGAUCUUCAAGUACAACGCGGCCACCAAGGAGUUCGCCAGCGUCUACAAGACCGGACUGUGCAUCGACGACGGUGGCUCGUGGAACGCGGCCGGGACCAAGGCUCACCUGUGGUACUGCGACCCGAACAACCAGAACCAGUGGUUCGUCAUGGACCCCAACACCCUGAUGCUCAAGAACCCAGUCAAGAACAACCUGUGCUUCGACGACGGUGGCGGCGCCACGGCCGGCUCCUCCAAGUACGUUAUGUGGUACUGCGACAACAACAACGGCAACCAGCACUUCGAGGUUCUGUCACGCGCUGCCGUGGCGGCCGAGAAGAAGGCGAAGGUCGGAACCACCAUGUACGACCUCAUGGUCUCCGGCCAGGAGAUCAUGUUCAAAGUGCGUGGCAAGAACAACCUCUGUGUCGACGACGGCGGCAGCUUCAACGCGGCCACGACCAAGUUCGUCGACAUGCCGUGCAACCCGAACAGCGUGAACCAAGUCUUCAAGUACAGCAUCAAGACGGGCGAGUUCGAGAGCGCCAACAAGCCUGGACUGUGCAUCGACGACGGCGGUUCGUGGAAUGCCGCCGGUACUAAAGCUCACCUAUGGUACUGCGACAUCAACAACCAGAACCAGUGGUUCGACGUGGAUGAAACGACCAUGAUGUUCAAGAACCCGGUGAAGGACAACUUGUGUCUCGACGACGGAGGCGGCACCAAUGCCGGUGCGACCCGAUACGUCAUGUGGUACUGCGACAACAACAACGGUAACCAGCACUUCGACGUGGUCUCGCGUGCUGCUCUGCUCGAGGAGAAGAAGAAGACUGGCCCUACCCCGUACGAUAUGCUCUUGUCUGGCGAGGAGAUCAUGUUCCGCGUUCGUGGCAAGAACAACCUCUGCGUUGACGAUGGCGGUGGCUGGGGCGCUGCCGUGACCAAGUUCACGGACAAGCCGUGCAACCCUGACAGCCCCAACCAGGUCUACAAGUACAACAUCAGGACGCUUGAGUUCGAGAACGUCAACAAGCCGGGCUUGUGUAUCGAUGACGGUGGCUCGUGGGACCCCGCGGGCUCUACGGCGCACUUGUGGUACUGCGACGCCAACAACCAGAACCAAUGGUACGUGCUGGACGAAGCGCAGCUAAUGCUGCGCAACCCGAUGAAGGAGUACCUGUGCUUUGAUGACGGAGGCGGCACAACCGCGGGCGCCACCAAGUUCGUCAUGUGGAAGUGUGACAUCAACAACGGCAACCAGCACUUCGAGAUCCUCUCGCGCGCGGCCAUGCUCGAGGAGAAGAAGAAGAGGCUCGGCCUGACCCCGUACGACAUUCUCACGUCGGGCCAAGAGAUCAUGCUUCGUGUCCGUGGGAAGAGCAACCUGUGUGUCGAUGAUGGAGGCGGCUACACGGCUGGGGCCACCAAGUUUUCCGACCAGCCUUGCAACCCCGACAGCCCCAACCAGGUCUUCAAGUACAACGUCAAGACGCGCGAGUUCGAGAACGUUAACAAGCCGGGCCUAUGCAUCGACGACGGCGGUUCGUGGAACGCCGCUGGAAGCACUGCGCACUUGUGGUGGUGCGACCCGAACAACCAGAACCAGUGGUUUGUUCUUGACGAAGAGACUAUGAUGUUGCACAACCCGAUGAAGCCCAACCUGUGCUUCGACGACGGCGGUGCCACGUCCGCGGGCGCGACCAAGUUCGUCAUGUGGUGGUGCGACAACAACAACGGCAACCAGCACUUUGAUAUUCUGCCUAGGGCCGAUGUGAUUGAAGCACGGAGGAAGAAGAGGAUCGCAGCUGGUAUUGAUGACGACCUGGAUCUGCUCAACUCUGGCCAGAAGCUCAUGCUGCGUGUUCGUGGCAAGAACAACCUCUGUGUCGACGAUGGUGGAGGCCGCUCGAACGGUGCUACCAAGUUCAACGACCAGCCGUGUGACCCGACCAGCCCCAACCAGAUUUUCACGUACGACGCGAAGACGAAGCAGUUCAAGAGUGCCAACAAGCCAGGCCUGUGCAUGGACGACGGUGGCGCUUGGAACGCGGCCGGAUCGCAGGCCCACCUGUGGGAUUGCGACCCGAACAACCAGAACCAGUGGUUCGUGCUCGACGAAGACACCAUGAUGCUGAAGAACCCGGCCAAGCCCAACUUGUGCUUCGAUGACGGCGGUGGCACUACGGCCGGCGCGACCAAGUUCGUCAUGUGGUACUGCGACAACAACAACCCGAACCAGCACUACGAGAUCCUGUCCCAGGCCAAGAUGAUCGAUGAGCGGAAGCAGAGACUGAUCGCUGCAGGCCUGGACGAUGAGAUCGAUCUUCUGACUUCGGGCCAGCCGGUCAUGCUGCGUGUCCGUGGCAAGAACAACCUCUGCGUCGACGAUGGAGGAGGCCGCUCCAAUGGUGCGACCAAGUUCGUGGACAAGACGUGCAACCCCAGCAGUCCCAACCAGAUCUUCACGUACGACGCCAACACGCGCCUGUUCCAGAGUGUCAACAAGCCAGGCCUGUGCAUGGACGACGGUGGUGGCUGGAGCGCGGCUCAAACUACUGCUCACCUGUGGCAGUGUGACCCGAACAACCAAAACCAAUGGUUUGUGUGGGAUGAGAACACCAUGAUGCUUCGCAAUCCGGCCAAGAACAACCUGUGCUUUGAUGACGGUGGCGGCACUACGCCCGGUGCGACCAAGUACUGGCUGUGGGGAUGUGACAACAACAACCCGAACCAGCAUUUCGAAGUUUUGUCUGCUGCUGCCAUGGCCGCGGAGAAGAAGAAGGCCAGGAUCGCUGCUGGUAACACGGCAGUCGACAUUCUUGCUACCGGCCAGGAGAUCAUGCUCCGAGUGCGUGGCAAGAACAACCUGUGCGUUGACGACGGUGGAGGCCGCUCGAACGGCCAGACCAAGUUUGUGGAUCAGCCGUGCAACCCGGACAGCCCCAACCAGAUCUUCAAGUACGACUCGAUGACUCACCAGUUCAAGAGUGUCAACAAGCCUGGCCUGUGCAUGGAUGACGGUGGCUCAUGGAAUGCUGCGGGCUCUCAGGCCCACCUGUGGGACUGCGACCCGAACAACCAGAACCAGUGGUUCACCAUGGACGAGGACACCUUGAUGCUUCGUAACCCUGUCAAGGACAACCUGUGCUUCGAUGACGGUGGCGGUACUACGGCCGGUGCUACGAGGUAUGUGAUGUGGACCUGCGACGAGAACAACCCGAACCAGCACUUUGAAGUGCUGCCCCGAGCGAUCAUGCUUGCUGAGAAGAGGAAGCGCCUCAUCGCGGCGGGUGUUGACGAUGAUGUCGACCUCCUCAGCUCGGGCCAGCCACUCAUGCUUCGUGUUCGUGGUAAGGACAACCUUUGCGCCGAUGAUGGUGGUGGCCACUCCAACGGAGAGACCAAGUUCGAGGACCAGCCCUGCGACCCGACCAGUCCCAACCAGAUCUUCACGUACGACACGGUGACGCACCAGUUCAAGAGUGUGAACAAACCCGGUUUGUGUCUGGACGACGGUGGUGGGUGGAGUGCAGCUCAGACGACGGCGCAUUUGUGGGAUUGCGACCCGAACAACCAAAACCAAUGGUUCAUCCUGGACCAGGACAACAUGAUGCUACAGAACCCUGUGAAGCCCAACUUGUGCUUCGAUGAUGGCGGUGGCACAGCUCCUGGGGCUAGUAAUAAGUACUGGUUGUGGACCUGCGACAACGCCAACCAGAACCAGCACUUCGAGAUCAUCUCUCAUGCUUCGUUGCAGGGAACCGGUCCAGUCCCCGCUCCUCCUACGCCCGGCGCUGACUACAUGCAGAUGAUCGAGUCUGGCAUCAAGGUUUUGAUUCGGGCUCGCAGCAAGAACAACCUGUGUCUGGAUGACGGUGGCGGCCACUCGAAUGGCGAGACCAAGUUCGUGUACCAGCCGUGUGACCCCAACAGCCCGAACCAGAUCUUCUCGUACGACGUCAACAUGCGUGAAUUCCGGAGUGUCAACAAGCCGGGUCUGUGUCUCGACGACGGUGGUGGCUGGAACGCUGGCGAUAGCACGGCUCACUUGUGGGAGUGCGACCCCGGUAACAUGAACCAGUGGUUCGUGACCGACGCGGACACCAUGCUGUUCCACAACCCGGCGAAACCAGGCUUGUGCUUUGACGACAUGGGCUCCAUGAACCCGGGCCAGUCGAACUUCGUCAUGUGGUACUGCGCCGCGGACAGCCCGAACCAGCAGUUCGAAGUGGUGCCUCAGUGGGAGCUGCUCGGGACGGACAACAACUUGCCAAUCCCCAAUGCUCCCGUUAUCAGGAAGGCCGACCUGCCGCUGGCCGACUACGGAGACCGCGACUGGAACCUGCUGGCGCCGUCGAACGACACGCUCUUGAUCAUCAACAAGGACGACUCGCCGAUCAUCUCGGCGGCCAAGAUCUUCAAGUACUUGCAGACUAUCAAGGAACACGCCGACGUGGAGCACCAGGUGACGAUGGACCGCUACAAGCGCACCUUCCAGUGUGCGACCGACGGCCUGAAGACGCUGGCCAAGGACGCGGUGACGAGCGACGAGUACCACGUGCUGGUGCAGUGGAUGUACGACCACUGCGCGGCCGGAGCGACCGGUGUGAAGCCCGCCGAGAACCCGUCCGGAUCCAUCUCGGACGAUGUGCUCAAGGGCGACGACGUGGCCGUGCUCGUGAACGACGACAAGAUCAACCGGCAGUUCAUGACCAAGCUGGACUUCUACUACGAGAUCAAGAACCACUACGCGGACAAGAACGCGGAGCUGGUGGGCAACGCGGCGGUGGCCAACUUGCGGUCGUCGGAGACGCUGAAACUGGAGAAGAAGCUGGUGGACUGCAUCGAGGAGGCCUCGGAGCGCUUCGGUUACAAGCAGGACCAGACGUCCAACGAAGACCCCGAAGACCGCCUCAAGCAGGCCAUCGCAUGGGUGCAUGACACGUGCAUGGCUUCGUAA